CGCUUGCUCUGGUCCGUUUGUUUCAGCCUAUCAUAAACGGUUAUUGAACGCCCAUGUACCGAAUCGCGUGCCUGACAAGUCGACGGGUCUAUAUUGUAAUUCUCGGCAUCCAGUCACGAUCUCUCCGCGGAUCUCGACAGCGAAGCAACCAUCGUAUCUCUGGCUGCGCGCCAGAGUAGACGAGCAAUAUCUGCGUAUAUGAGCUAUAGCCCGAUUUCAAAACGUACUAAGGAUAACCCCCGCCUUCAUCGGAAAAUCCAGCAUUUCACCCUCCGCGAUCUCGGUGCGAACCCUGUAUCGGAUCCGACGAGUGGCUUCGAGCAGGUAUAACUACUAGGCACACUGGGGAGGCUCGGCCAAGCUCAACGGCACACAUACACACUCAACGCGUCUCCUCUCCUCGCUGAACUCCCCAUGGUUCUCAACAUGCAACCAAUGAGGACGGAUUCAACUAUUCCCCGGAUAGUGAUAUGCGGCAACCUCGAAUUUGCCUCUGCGGAAUGCGAAUCCCUGUUCAAAGGCGUCGCAGAAGUUCUCGUCAUGAACUCACUGAGCUCCGCGGAUCUCAUCGAGGGCAUGCAGCCCGGAGGACGGUAUGAGGGCGCAGUCGGUAUUCUGAGGCAAUGGAAUGGCUUCAGCCAUAUGCAACGCGCGUUCAUCGAAGCUCUGCCCUCCAGCGUCAAGUACAUAUCUUCCCUGGGAGCUGGCUACGACAUGAUAGACAUUGACGCCUGCAAGGAGAAAGGCAUCAUAGUCGCGCACACGCCUGGCGUUGGCAACGACGCGACGGCAGUCACAGCACUCUACCUCAUCAUUUCCGCUCUGCGCCGCUUCUCGGUCGCUGAGCGUCAGCUUCGCGCGGGUCUCUUCGACGCAUCACGCGUCACGCAGGGUAGACGCGACCCCACUGUCCGCACGCUUGCCAUCCUCGGGUUGGGCGGCAUCGGCUUGCGCUUGGCAGAGCUCGUGCACGCGUUCCCCAUGCGGGUCGUCUACCAUAAUCGUCGACCUUUCGUUGGCGCCCCCGAGUGGUGCGAGUACUAUGGCCCGGGUCGCCUGGACGAGAUGCUCGCCAUGGCGGACGUGCUCAGCGUUCACGUUCCCCUGCGAAAGGACACGGUGGGCCUGGUGGACGAGGCGAUGAUCCGCAAGCUGAAGAAGGGAGCCGUCCUCAUCAAUACAGCAAGAGGUAAGGUGGUGGACGAGGAGGCGAUGAUCCGUGCUCUCGAGGACGAGCAUCUGUCAGCUGUCGGCUUGGACGUGUUCCCUGACGAGCCCACCGUCAAUCCACGUCUACUGGAACUUCCCAAUGCGACACUUCUACCACACCUUGGCUCGAUAUCAUCCGAUGCGCAAAAGCUCAUGGAGGUCCGGGGUCUCACCAACCUACGCGACUUGGUACUAGGCCUGAACGUGGCUGAUCUUGUGCCGGAGUGCAGAUAAGAUACUGACACUGGUUCCCCAAUGGUCCCCUUCGUUGCUUAUAUACACAUUCUAUUUCGCGAUUUCUUAUCUACUCACGAUAUACUUCUACAGAUCAUAUUAAUGCACUUCCAAUUCUUCCUACUGCAUGCCUGUCCCAAAUUUUCUCAUCGAAGUCGGCGUAUGAAUC